CUGCUCGCCGACUAGUCCCUAUAAACUUUUUGCGGUGCGUGAAAAAGCAAGAGGAGAGAGAACGAAAGAGGGUAAGGGGGAGGCAGGCCGGAAUCUUCGUGGAAUAUUCCGUGUAGGCAGCGGAUUCAUCGGCUGCGUCCGAUCGGGAGAGCUGGUGGAUAGGAAUGGCGAGCGACGACGCGGUAGCAAUCCAGGUCGCCAAGAGGGCCGGGGAGCUCAGCGUCAUCACCAUCAAUUGCCCCGAUCAGACGGGCCUCGGAUGCGACCUCUGCCGCACGAUCCUCGAGUUCGGCCUUCGCAUCACCAGAGGAGAUUUAUCGACUGAUGGGCAAUGGUGCUAUUUGGUAUUAUGGGUCAUCCCGUGCUCAGCCUCCAGUAACAUCCAUUGGACGAGUUUGAAGAACCGACUAAUAUCCAUUUGCCCGACUUGGUCUUUUCCAUUUGACAUUGAUUCAUCGAACCAGCCUAUGCAUUCUCAGGUUUACCUCAUGAAGUUGUUUUCUACUGAUCGGAAAGGACUCUUGCAUGAUGUCACACGGGUUCUUUGUGAGCUUGAGCUUUUGAUUCACAGAGUGAAGGUCUCAACAACCCCGGAUUGCAAGGCCAUGAACCUUUUCUUUAUUACUGAUGGCAUGGAGCUCUUGCACACACAAAGGAGACAGGAUGAGACGCGUGAACAACUGAGUGCAAUCCUUGGGGAGUCUCUUUAUAGCUUUGAGAUUUUGCCAGCUAAUGGUUUUCAACAUGGCUUCUCCAGCCUUCCACCACAAGUUGCUGAAAAUCUAUUUGGCCUGGAGCUAGUAGACAACGAACUUUGUUCACAUUCUGUCACUCCAGACAUGAAAAAUCUGAAGAAACCCGAUCUGAAUUUUGAUAAUACAUUAAGUCAUACUUCGACUUUGCUUCAAAUUCAUUGUGUUGAUCAAAAGGGACUCCUCUAUGACAUUUUGAGGACAUUGAAGGAUUGCAAUAUUCAGAUAGCUUACGGGCGAUUCAUGUCGCAUACGAAAGGCUCCCGAGAGAUUGAUCUAUUCAUCCAGCAAACUGAUGGAAAGAAGAUUACUGAUCCAGAAAAGCAGGAAUUCCUAUUCUCUCGUUUGAGAUCAGAAAUGCUUCACCCAUUGAGAGUUAUGAUCGUUAAUCGUGGGCCCGAGACCGAGCUCCUCGUUGCCAAUCCCGUUGAGCUUUCUGGAAAAGGAAGGCCUCGUGUCUUCUAUGAUUCCACUCUUGCUCUUAAAUUGCUAGGGAUUUGCAUUUUCUCUGUAAGCAAGCUACAAUCUCUAAACACCUUUUGGUCGCAAUACUGCGAUUAUUCAAUCUCCACAUAUAUAUAUCAUUUGCAGGCUGAAAUUGGCAGGCACUCAUCAUCUGAUAGGGAAUGGGAGGUCUAUAGGUUUCUCUUGGUUGAUAGCAACGACUUGCCUUUGUCAAGUAGACAUGCUAAGAAUCAUAUUGUUGAUAGGGUGAGAAGAACUUUAAUGGGCUGGUAAGCAGAAACCUAUCUAAUUUAGAGAAGCUUUCAUGUUUCAGCCUUUUUUUUAACAUUUAUUUUCUUUACCACCCCUAUGUAAACGUAAAUAAUCAAUGGGUCAAUUGUACAGUAUAUCCUCAGACAUUAAUAUAAUUAUGUAAUUUUGAUGUAAAA